AUGGCACACAUUGCCUUCCCCAACACCCACGAAGAAGGAAGAAACAGACCAGUGAGAGAGAGGGCCGCGCCGCCAGUGGCACUUGAGGGGAGUGAGAGACCAAGAGGGAGGCGUCGUGCAAAGAGGGAGCUCGCGGUGAAGAGAGAGGGGCGCUACCUUGUGCGCCACUGUCACACCUGCAUACCGCCACUGCUACCGCGAGCUCGCUAUCGCCGGAGCUGGAUAGUCGUCCUUGCCAGCUGCGAAGAGAAGCGAGGUGAAACCCCCUCCGUGUCUGCUGCUUCGGUCUGCUGCGAGAGGUCUUGGCGCCGCCGAAGCUUCCAUUGCCGUCAGAAGCUGCCGCCGUCCAGCCAGCUGUUGCAGUGGUCGUCGCCUGUCGUGAAUGGUUGCCGGAGAAGUGGUUGUGGCUGCCGGAAUCACACCGGAGCUUCUGGCCGUUUCCGCCGCUUGAGACCCUGCUGCUGUCACCGGAAAAUUUUGCCGUUGAUCCACCAGAGCUUCUGGCCGCCGCCGGAGCUGUGCCGGGGCCGGUCCGAAACUGUAGCUGCUUCGUGUUGUUAUUCCGAGCUGUUUAUGCUGCUGCAAAAAUGUGUGGGGCUGUGCUUUGAAGCUGCCUUUGAUUUUAAGUUGAGGUGAAAAGAACUUAUGAGGCGCUUGGGUUAUGGAAUUGCGUUUUGAGGUAGGGGCGCUUUCCAAAAACUAUGUUUUAUGUAUUGGAAUUAUUACAUAUGGAUACUGAUGUGAGAUAUUGUGUAUUUGGUGAUUGUAUCUGCCUUA